AUGCCUUCUAGAGCUGGAGCGCCUUCCACCAGUUCGACUACUGUGGCCACCAGUUCGACUGAGCUUCCCCCGCCUGACGACGAUGGAGAGAUCGACUUCAUCCGUAGUGGCACUUUGAGCAGGCCUCACGUCUUGCCCAAAGCUAAGAUUUCACCGAAGUCCCAAGCUCGCAGAACCAAGGGUGGCCCCAAGGGCUCCAGAACCAAUGUUGGUCGAAAUUCCAAAGAACCCCGGAAAACAAAUGGUGUUCCUGAUCUUUUUGACUGCACCAGUGAUACUCUAAAAGGUGCUGCUGAAGAAAUCCCUUCUGUAAUUGCAAUGCCAUUCUCAGAUAUGGUGGACGUGAUGUUCAAUGCCCCAUGGAGCCGGUCUUGGUGGAAUGAGCGUUGUACGUUAUGGGAGAUCUACAAUGUACCCCGCCUAGGACCACAUGUGCGCAAACUUGGAGGGACAUGUCGUCGAAGUUAUGAUAUUCAGCACUUCUGGGAUUUGGGAUUGGAAAGUUACCAGAGAACCCUCUUGCAAGACUUGGCGACCUUCCGUCCAUUCUACUUGAGUUUAAGCCCACCAUGUACGUAUUUGUGCAAGCUCAUGGCAUCCAACUGGUCAAGGAUGCGGGGAAACAAGAAAUUCCUAUGCCUUCGGGAUGGUUUGGGGCAUGUGGAUUUAUGCGCCUGGAUUGCCUUAUUCCAGCUACGGACUGGUGCUUUUUUUGGGAUGGAGCACCCUGCGGGCAGCCUAGCCUGGAACAGAGAUUCGGUACAAUAUUUGCUGGAGCAGGAGGAUGUCCGACUCAUCACCUUUGACCAAUGCAUGUUUGGCUUGGUUUCGAAAGAGACCAAGACCCCGAUGCAGAAACGGUGCCAACAGCAAAGUGCAAAGUUUGCGCCUUGGCAAGCCGAGUUGGUGGUCCAAUACAAAUCGGCCCUACAGGCCUGCGAGGAUGAGACGGGACUUGACCCAGACAUUGCAAGAGCCCUUUUUGAUAGCCAAGAUGGUGGCACAUCAGAAGCCCCUACUACCAUUCAUUCGGAUGUCAUUUUGACGAACAAGGAAAAGCUGUUUGACUUGGCUUAUGCAGAGUUCAAAAGUCAUGGGGGUGUCCGGCAGUACCUUCAUCGCAUGUUCUCAGUGGAGUCUACCCGUGCUACAGACUUGGCGGCAAUCUUGAAGAAGUUGAUUCUCCUUCGGCAGGAUGUUGACUAUCUGACCCAUUACCCUGUGCCGGCUUGCCUGCCAGGACAAGAGGGACAACAACUUCCCUUCAUGGUUCCACUGUGGUUGUUCUCGGUUCAGAAUGAGUCCAGCUUGAGGGAACCCACGGCUUUGGAUCUUUCAAGGCAAAUCUUGCAACAAUUUGCUUGUGAUGGGUUUUUGACUGCCGGGAACCCUGUGAUGAUUCGGAUUCAGGAUGACGCCUUGACCCAGUCCAGGGAGGAGAUCCCAUCAGGGGGGCUGUGGUUCCUGAAAGGGGCUGGAAGGAUUCACACGGUCAUGGCUUUGAUGGUGUACAUUUCGAAACACACCACUUCGACCCUAGAGGUUUUCGAUGAGUUGUUGUACAAGACUUUGUCCAACAUCCACUGCAAGCACGUUCGCUUACGGGACAAGCAGGCUGAACUGUUUUUCAACAUGAAGGAGAGUGUCCGUGGGGGCAUCCGGGCAAAACCAAAUGCGAUAUCAUGGGUGUACAGUUUCCUCAACCUCUCCAGCUGGACAAAGUCUGACCCGAUUAGCAUGAUUCGAGCAUGGAAUGAAGAAGCAUCAAGGGAUGAUCGUCUAGUGAGCACCAAAAAGACUUCAGUCACCUCUGUUUUGGACCUACCUGUCACGGCUCGGGAAAUCUUGCUGGCUAUUGUCAGUGAGUUUGGUUUUGAGGGUUCACCAUUCUCUGACGAUUGCCUGUCUAGCAAGCGGUACCUGCCUGGGUAUUCCUUUAAGGGGCGGAACACACCACGUGGUUCACCAUGGAUUGAACGUGGCAAAGUCACCAAAAAGAGUUGUGUGCUCAUGUUCAAUAUGAUUUGGAGCCAGCACAAGAAGACGCCCAAGAAUUUGAACAAAUCCCAACUGGAAGAGAAGGCCGAGGUCUGUGCAUUGGCGUGUGCUUUGGUCCAAGAAGUCAUUUUGCAAGUUCCAAACACGGAGAAGGAACUUGAAAACCGGUUCCUGACAAAGCUGGCAGAGGGUGAGUCAGUCAUGGACAUGGAACUUCAGUCAGCACUGAUGUCCAAGGACGAAAAAUACAGUGCGCGGGACUGUCCGAGCAUAGCUGCCAUUCUCAAUGACCUCUGUGACAAGUCAUCCCCCAACACCUCAUCCGUGGAGCUUUUGACGGCGGUGCAGAUGGGAGAACAAAGGGUGAUGUCACAAGCGUUCGAACUUCUCCUGUCGGAGCUUGAUUUUGAUGUGAAGUCCUGGAGAGUGCAUCUGAGGAAGAUCAAAGAGUGGGAUUUGAGGGUCUGGCACCAAAGAGAUCUUUGGCAGAUCGAGAGACACAACUCUGCAAAAUCUGCAGCGCAAGACAUCUUGAAGAAGAAGGUUAACCUGCUAUCUUGGCCUGAGAAGAUUUCGGCGGGCAGUGCCGUGGAGCUUGUGCAAGCCCUUCAACAGGAUGUCAAAGCAUGGGCACACCAGUUGAAGUGCAACCAUGUUGUGAAAGUUCAUCUGUUCAACUACGCAGCGCCCUCCCUUGUGCGAUCUGAUGUGAUGGUGUGCAUUUCGAAAAUCAUCGGUCAUCAUUUUGUGGGAGAACCAAAGGAUUCCACAGGGAUUCUCUUGACACCCAUCUUCAACUACAAGCCUGGUACAUUGUACAUGGAUGAGCACAGUGUCCUCAAAACGUUGCAUGGAGAUGGUGUGACUGUUGAUCAUGCUGUGCAACUUUGCUUCGACCAGCGAGACAUGCGACCCCUCACAUACCCGUGCCGCCUACUUACCCCUUUCAUGGACAAGACCGACAAGAUGAACGAAUGGGUGUGGAGAUCCAGUGCCCUUCUCAAGAAUGGCAGGAACUUGGAUGAAGUACCCCAACUGGCGCAAAAGGAUUUGAUCCAAGUUGAAGAAUCUGGGAAACUUCCAAAUUCCAAUGUUGAUGAUCGUUUCCGGGGUGGCGUCAAGUAUGCACAGGUCGGGAAGGAAGCGGGUGUCAGCCUUUUGAAAGCGAUCACGGACGGGGUUGAAUUGUCCAGCACUUCUGCAAUCUACAUUGUGGAUUAUGUGCCAGUUGUUGGUGACUUUGCCCACGCAGCCCUGACCCUGAGCACAUCAUUGAAUGUCCCUGUGCGCUAUGCGGGGCUUCCCGAUCCUGCUCAUCAUGAAUGGCUUCAAGAGUUUUUGACACAGGACUUGAUUGACCAGCUCUUGACCGACAAGAUCAAACCAACAGCGGGACAUUCAAUUCCUGCACAAGACCCCCCUGCUGAGCACAUGGACCAAAAACCUGAACCGCCCCAGAUGAAAAAAAUGACUUUUGUCAAGGUUGAUGGUGAGGCUGCUGGCAUUCAGGUUCCGGACAGUGUGCAAAAGGUUUGGCAUACAAAUGCUACUCACGGGGCCGAGUUCCGGGCAUGGAUGGACACUUUCAAUGAGGAGUUUCCAAAACCAGAAAAAAAAGGAACGAAACGUGUCAACUCCAAUGUGACCACGGUCACCCCAAAGAAGAUCCCCAAAAUUGGUUCGGCUCCUGUUGACAUGUCCAUGUUGACGAAGCUACUUGUGGAAACGGGUAGUGCACCGACGGGGACAGAGCUACAAAGGGUUAACCUCCUCAAUUUGACCAACAUCGACCUUAUCAUUCAAACGGAUGCCAUCUUUUUGACCAAUCUUGGGGAACAACCGGUCACCAUCGCAGAAGGCACCAGUCUUUGUGGCUUUGGCCGGGGUGCAUUCCGUUUUGGGACUGAAUCUUCGGGGCUGCAAGAGCAUGAGAUUCCUUUUGACAUCAAGGAUGUGUCUUCCCAGAUGGCAAUCUUGGAUGGCCGUCCCCAGUACUUUGGUGAUCUUAUGGAAUCGAUGCGCCAAAAGUUUCCCGACAAACCGGUUCUCCAGUACUAUGAAGCCAAGCUCGACAUGGUGGAGCACAAAUGGGAACUCAAGAAGGUGAACGACCUGAUCUUUGCUCCGCGCCUUGAUGAGGAUAAAGCUGGGCAAACCACCUGUGCCAAAUUGGUGGCACCGGCCAUGAAGUGGGAAAGUGCAUGGACCGGCUUUGCAUGGCACAUAAAGCAAACGCAGACCGGGUUACAACCCCAACGCCCGGUGAUUGUGGCCACCAAAUCGGUGGAAAUUAAGCCCGGGAUGACUUUGGUGGUUGAUACUGUGUAAGUUCAAGCAACUGACUUGACAUGCUGCUGCCCGACGUGUAUCCAGUCCGGAAGUUUCAAAUCAAUUGUCA